AUGAAUUAAAUAUGCCAAACUUUUGGUCAUGAUUAAAGGAAAAUUCAAUAUAUAUGUUUACAGCCAUAAGAAAUAUUAUGGGCUUGUUCAUAAUGUUUCGAAGAAAAUAAAGAUCGAUAUGACUUCUAACCUAUAAAAAAUGUCUUAGAGAUUUUGGAAUAAACAAUUAAAGAGGUCAGAAAAAAUAAUAGUCGAAAGUAAAUAGAUGAAAUAAAAAAUCUCUUUACAGAAGUUUAAAAUUAAAUAGUAGAGAAGUUUAAUUAAUCUAUGCAAUUUUUAAAAGAAUCUUUUUAAUUACAGUAUGAUGAAUUACUUGGCUUUCUAAAGUUCUUUAACACAUUUGAGAUUGAUUAAUUAGAUUCUGAUCAUUAAGAAAACUUAAAAUACCUUCAAAUUGUAGUACAUUAAAAAGCAUCAUAGUAAACAAUAUUUGAAGUUUAAACAAACUUUAAGAUUGAGAGACUAAACAAUAUAAAAAAAAA